AUGAUAAACGAACCCCUUGGCUCGUCUCAUCGUGUUCCCCAAAGGUCGCUCCGAUUCGUGGCGAGUAGCCUACGUCUUCGCCGCAGAGACUCACAGGGCGCACUUCGAGUUGCCAACAGAUAUGCAUCAUCCCCGAAAUCUAGACGACUUUCAUUUCGUUACCUCGGACGAUUUAUCCAUGUAUCGCAGGAUUACUUUGUGAAGGAUCUGGUACCCAUCAUCGUUGUGCGAUCGGCGACCUGUUCAGAGCUCUCAGCUUCCGAUACAGAAAAGCAGAUUUACCUCUAG